AUGGUCCUCCCGUUAUUGAAGCUUGGGACUCUUGCAUUGAAAACUCUGAGCAAACCCAUUGCUAGUAGGCUCAAGGCCGAGGCUGGGAAACACCCCAAGUUCCGUAACAUCAUCGUCAACAUGGCCCAGGCUAACCAUCGUAUCACAACAACAAUGCAAAGACGCAUUUAUGGUCAUGCAACUGAUGUUGAGAUUCGGCCUCUAAAUGAGGAGAAAGCCGUUCAAGCUGCUGUGGACCUUCUUGGGGAAUUCUUUGUAUUCUCGGUUGCAGUAGUCGCUCUUUUCUUUGAGGUGCAAAGAAAUUCUAGAUCGGAAGCUAGAAAGGAGGAACUUCGUAAGAAAGAACUGGAGGAUAAUGUACAGUUGUUUUCAUUUCCUCUCUACAACUACCGCCAAGUGUUCGACCCUCUCAUUGUCUGA